CUCCGAAGGGACACGGAGUACAAUUUUUAGUUUUAAGUUAUGAAAUAAUUACUUGUAAGCAAUAAAUUUUACUUGUACUAGAUUUUUUUAACGAUCAGCAACACAUUCAGUCGAACAUCCAAAGCAUAAAUUCAACCCAAUUCAAAUUCAAUCCAUUGUGAUUCCCAUUUGGAGAAUAGGGUUUCUUCCUCCCUCUCUUUGAAAAAGUGAAUACGAGAAGUCUCUUCAUGAAGAAGAGCAUAGGGUUUCUCCGAUGGACAAAAUAAUUGCUGCUAAAAUAUAUAACCCACCUUGGGAUUAGGAUCUCUGUUUCCGCUUGAAAAUCUCCAGACACUGACCACUAUCAAAGGUUUAAAGAGCAAGAAAUGGCUGACAUAGCCGGAGCCGCAGAGCAGUUGAGAUUCUUCAACCGGGGGUCAAAAGUUGAAGCUGAAACCAAAGUAAACACUGCGGAUAUUGGGUUCUUGUUGAGUAGAAUUCCUCCGUUCAACGGGAGUGGAUAUGAGAUAUGGAGCAUCAUGAUGAAGACUAUGUUUAUGUCCCAAGAUCUCUGGGAUUUGGUGGAAGGAGGCUAUGAUGAAGAAGAGCUUACUGUUGAGGAAUUACUAUACUUGCGGAAGAAGGAUGCCACUGCUUUGUUUUUUAUCCAGCAAGCUCUAGAUAAAUCUGUUUUCUCUUGCAUUGCUAAUGCCCAGAAAUCUAAAGAAGCUUGGGACGCACUGCAAAAGAAGUACAAUGGUAAUGAAGAGCAAUCGAACCCAAAGAAACUUGAGGAUGAAUCAGUUUGGUCUUGCGCAGCUGAUGCAACUGAAUCAAAAGAAACUACUUGGGAUGCACUAGACCAGGGAUAUAAAUGUAAUGCCAAGGUUAUGGAGGCAAAUAGAACAGGUGAAGAGUUUGGAGAUUUCAACAACAAUUUUGGCUUUAAGGAGUGGUGCAGUGGGGAUUCCUCUAGUGGAGGUAGAGAUGAUAAUAACCUCUUUGAAGAUGGAAUUGGGAAAGAGCUUGGAGAUUCCAACAACAGUUCUGUCUCCAAGAUAGGUUCCAAAGGAAACUCCUCCCGUAGAGUUCGUGGAUGCAGAAAUGGUGGACGCUUUAAAAACAAUCAAGGAGGCAAAGGUGGUGAACCCACUAACAAGCAUGCUAGCUGUGGAAGUAUGGAUAAUAAUGAACUUCUAAACAACCAUGGAAGUCGUGGAGGUCAUGGAGGCAAAGACCAGAAGCACUUUAAUAACAACUAUGGAGGCCGUAAAGGUGUAAACCAUGAAUCUUCUAAACCUAAACAAGGUAAUUGUGAGGGUAUAGAUGAUGGAUUCUUUAACCAGAAGGGUGACCACAGAGGCAUAGAUGGUGGAUGCAUAAAUGACAAUCAUUCUGAAUUUGGUGAUUACAAUGGCAAGAAUACGAAACUUGAACCAUUACCUUCUUGCAGUACGAGUGCAAUCAAACUGAGAGAAGCUCCAAACGCAAUCAAACAGCAACAUGGAACUACUAUUAAGGAUUUGAAUUCAACGGCACACGUGCAGGUUCAGGCUCAACAAGCUGGGAGCGCCAGUGAUGGAGCGAACCCGGUUCAUCAACGGCCUACCAAAUCUUCGAUUCGCAAGCAAGAAAGAGCCGUGGCCGGAGAAAAUAUAGAUUUCUUCCCCAAUAAGGUCUAUGUGGGGAACCUAUCAGAAGCCACAACUGAGGAUGAUCUUAGGAAUGUUUUUAGUUGUUUUGGUGGAACGAUCUCCAAGAUUAUUAUUCCAAAAGAUGGAGAUGGAAAAUCGAGGUGUUUCGGAUUUGUCCACUUUAAGGAUGCUGAUGAUGCAGCGUGGUCAGUGGAAGUGCUCAAUGGCCACAAAUUUGAUAACAAAAAGUGGAAUGUAACAAGAGCUCUUAAGAAUAGAUCUGCUGCAAAAACUAAGAAGAAAUCUGUGGAUGAAUCGACUCUUUCUUCCACUGAUAGCUGCAAUAAAUCAGAAAAAUCUGUGGAUGAAUCAGCUCAAUCUUCCACUUCUAGUGCUACUUCAUCAGUAAAAUCUUUGGAUGAAGCUCAUCUUUCCCCAGCUGUUAAUGUUUCUACUAAAUCAAAAAAAGCUGGCAAAACAUCUCAAAAGGGACACAAAAAAAUCUCUGCUGCUGCAACGGUACAAUGUACUUAAUGCUUACAUUGGUGGCAAUUAAUUUGAACUUUUGUUUAUAUCGGCUCAAUAUUUUAGCUGCAACACCGGGUCGACACUAAUAUUUCACAUUUCGUAGUCCUAAAAUGAGUUUGCAUGUAAGGCCGGAGUGAACAAAACGAUGUUUCAUAAUAUGAAUGAAUUAGUUUUUCUGAU